UACCGGCGGACGUUUCCCUGGUGUAGCAGUUACAGACGGAGCUCCGAGCCGCGGGUCCAGGCAGCGGCCUGUUUGGAAGUUUACUCCCCGGGAAGCAGAGCUGGUAGACGGGCACAAUGAGGCAGAGCCAGCCGGGCUAGCGCGGAGCAACUGGACGGUCAAAGCUUUAAACUCUCCCGUUACCGGAUUAAACACCGACUUUUUAAACACUUUCUUCCCGGUUUAUCCCCUUAUAACGAGGAAUAACGUGACUUUUAAGCGGUAAGCGGUGACCGGACAUGGAGACGGACUCGGUGGCCGGCGACGUGGAGCCUUUCCCCGGUCUUAGCCUCCUGCUGGACGCCGUGUCCCAGCAGCAGGGAUGGGUUAGAGUGCACGAUGUGAAGGGUCCUCCGGCUCACCGCUUCUCCUGCGGUCAGAGUCCGUACACCGACAGCAGCGCCUGGGACAGGAAGUACUGCAUCCUGACGGACAGCCAGCUGAUCCUGCUGACGGGGGGCGACGCGGCCGACGCGGCUGCAGCGGAGCAUCAGGAGGGCUGCUCCGGACCCUCGGGACCCUCCGGACCCCCCUCCGGCCCCGCGGACUCCGCCAAGGGCCGCAGCCUCCGCCGGACGGUCAGCGUCCCCUCGGAGGGGCAGUUCCCCGAGUUCCAGGCAGAGGGCGCCGCCGCCAUGCUGGAAGUGUCAUCGGAGCGAUCUCCGAGGAGAAGAAGUAUUUCAGGUUUGGGAAGUUCAGAGAAAAGCGUCGCCGUAGACAAUCCGAACUCCUCUCCUUUCAAAGUGCCGGGGUUUUUCAGCAAACGUCUCAAAGGCUCCAUCAAGAGGACGAAGAGUCAAACCAAACUGGACAGAAACACCAGCUUCAGACUGCCGUCGCUGCGGCCGGCCGACCCCGACAGGGCGCGUGGACUCCCCAAGCUGAAGGAGUCGACCUCCCAUGAGUCUCUGCUGAGCCCCGGCAGCGCGGUGGAAGCUCUGGACCUCAGCAUGGAGGAAGACGUGUUCAUCAAACCUCUGCACAGCAGCAUCCUGGGACAGGAGUUCUGCUUCGAGGUGACCUACGCAGGUGGCAGUAAGUGUUUCAGCUGCACUUCAGCCUCAGAGAGAGACAAGUGGAUGGAAAACCUGCGGAGAACCAUUCAGCCUAACAAGGACAACUGUCGCCGGGCGGAGAACCUGCUGCGUCUCUGGAUCAUCGAGGCCAAAGAUCUGCCGCCUAAGAAGAAAUACUUCUGCGAGCUUUGUCUGGACGACGUCCUGUACGCUCGCACCACCAGCAAGACGCGGCACGACAGCCUGUUCUGGGGCGAGUACUUUGACUUCUGCGGCCUCCCCUCCAUGCACAGCAUCACCGUGCACAUCUACCGGGACCUGGACAAGAAGAAGAAGAAGGACAAGAACAACUACGUGGGUCUGGUCAACAUCCCCGUGGCCGGAGUGACGGGCCGGCAGUUCGUGGAGAAGUGGUACCCGGUCAGCACCCCCACCACCAGCAAGGCCAAGGGGGGGGGCCCGUCCAUCCGCAUCAAGUCCCGCUUCCAGACCAUCUCCAUCCUCCCCAUGGAGCAGUACAAGGAGUUCGCAGAGUUCAUCACUAAUAACUACAGCAUGCUGUGCUCGGUGCUGGAGCCCGUCAUCAGCGUCAAGAACAAGGAGGAGAUGGCCUGCGCCUUAGUGCACAUCCUGCAGAGCACCGGCAGGGCAAAGGACUUCCUGACAGACCUGGUGAUGUCAGAGGUGGAUCGCUGCGCUGAUCACGACGUUCUGAUCUUCAGAGAAAACACGCUGGCGACUAAAGCUAUCGAAGAAUAUCUGAAGCUGGUCGGACAGAAGUAUCUACACGAUGCUCUGGGUGAGUUCAUCAAGGCUCUGUAUGAGUCGGAUGAGAACUGUGAGGUGGAUCCGAGUCGUUGCUCCAGCAGCGAGCUGACGGAGCAUCAGAGCAACCUGAAGAUGUGCUGCGAGCUCGCCUUCUGCAAGAUCAUCAACUCCUACUGUGUGUUCCCCAGGGAGUUGAAGGAGGUGUUCUCCUCGUGGAAGCAGCAGUGUGUGUCUCGAGGUCAUCAGCAGGACAUCAGUAAGCGUCUGAUCAGCGCGUCUCUCUUCCUGCGCUUCCUGUGUCCCGCCAUCAUGUCUCCGUCUCUCUUCAGCCUGAUGCAAGAAUACCCCGACGACCGCACGUCCCGCACGCUCACGCUCAUCGCCAAGGUCAUCCAGAACCUCGCCAACUUCACCAAGUUUGGGAACAAAGAGGAGUACAUGGCGUUCAUGAACGACUUCCUGGAGCACGAGUGGGCGGGGAUGAUGCGUUUCCUGUCUGAGAUCUCGAACCAGGAAACGCUGACGAACACGCCGGGCUUCGAAGGCUACAUCGACCUCGGCCGAGAAAUCUCAGUCCUGCACGCGCUGCUGUGGGAGGUGGUGUCACAACUCGACAAGGGUGAAAAUUCCUUCCUGCAGGCCACCGUAGCCAAGCUGGGCCCGCUGCCGAGGAUUCUGGGAGAUAUCUCUCGCUGCCUGGCGGCGCCGACGCCGGUCCAGCAGCAGCUGCGGCGUUUCCAGGAUCAUCAUAGCUCCGCCCACAACAUCAGCGGCAGCCUGUCGUCAGGGUUACAGCGAAUCUUUGAGGACCCAGCCGACAGUAAGUCCCGCAGCCUGCAGUCUCCGGAGCUGAUGGAGGAUUAUGUCCGGUCGCAGCGCCCCCUGCUGGCUCAGCAGCUCCCGUCGGCUCACAGCAGCUUCUCCGACCAGGAGGAGCGUCUGCUUCCUAACGGCCGCAGCGUCUCGUUGGUCGACCUGCAGGACGCUCAGAGCGCCGCGGGGCCGCCGCCGCACCACGAGGCCCCGCCCCGCCUCGGCAGGGUCGGCUCCCAGGCCUCCGUCGGACACGCCCCUCCCCCCCACACCUACGCCCACUCCAACCCUCUCACCCCCCAGCCGGCGCCGCACCAGAGCCGAGCGGCGGUCCGAGAGCCGCAGAGCGCUCCGCAGGUGAGGCGUCCGCUGCAGUCGCUGAGUCAGCAGCGCAGCCUGCAGCCGCUGUCCUUCCAGAACCCCGUGUACCACCUGAGUAACCCCGCCCACAGCCUGGCACGCUCCGCCCACUCGCCGCGCCACGACUCCAGCUCCGAGAACCUGAGCACGGAGAGCUCGCACAACAGCCACAGCAACUCCGACGACUUCGGCAGCCAGGUGGGGGUCAAAGGUCGCGCCGCGUCCAGCAGUAGCCUGGACGAGUUCGGGGGCCGGCGGAGCGCUCAGAGCGAGGAGAGCCUGACGCCGCGCCGCCUCGCCCCCCCCGACCUCCCGCCCGGGGCGGCCACCGCCGUCGCCAUCCCGCGGCAGAUCAGCACGGCCGGCACCGCCCACAUCGUGAAGGUGGAGCAGCAGAGCAGGGGAGGGGGGGCCAGGACGCCGCGCUCCGUCCCUCACACCUCCUCGCUCCGCAGCAGCAGCAGCGCCAACACGGAGCCCCCCCCCACACACAUCCUCCGCCAGCAGUCUGUGGAGAACGUGGCUCCGCCCCCGAGGAGCGCCGCCAAGCAGCCGCCGCCGCAGCUGCCCCCCCCACAGGUGGCGUCGCCGGUGGAGCCGGUUGCCGUGGCGAUGUCUCCAGUAGAGAGGACGGCAGCCUGGGUGCUAAACAACGGCCAGUACGAGGAGGAGGAAGGAGGAGCAGAGAGGAGCAGAGAGGAGGGCAGGAACACUGAGAAGUAUGAGCUGGAGAUCUCCCGUCUGAAGGAGCGUCUGCGUGUGUCAGGGAGGAGGUUGGAGGAGUAUGAGCGGAGGCUGCUGGCUCAGGAGCAGCAGAUGCAGAAGCUGCUGCUGGAGUAUAAGAACCGUCUGGAGGACAGCGAGGAGAGACUGAGGAGGCAGCAGGAGGAGAAGGACAGCCAGAUGAAGAGCAUCAUCUGCAGGUUGAUGGCGGUGGAAGACGAGUUAAAGCGGGAUCACGCAGAGAUGCAGGCGGUGAUUGAAGCCAAGCAGAAGAUCAUCGACGCGCAGGAGAAGCGGAUCGACUCUCUGGACGCGGCCAACUCCCGCCUGAUGGUGGCGCUGACGCAGGUGAAGGAGCGUUACAGCACGCCGAACCUCCGCAACGGCCUGUCGCCUAGCAACCCAACCAAGCUGUCCAUCACUGAGAACGGAGAGUUCAAGAACAGCAGCUGCUGAUUGGCCGGCGAGGGGGAAGGGGGCGGGGCUUAUCGUUUACCUGCCUCCACCCCCCACCCCCCAUCGCACCUUCAAGAGUCUAUAAAUAAGAGUGUAAAUACUGAAGGAUCUGUUCAGUGUACAGAGAGAGAGUGUGUGUGUGUGUGUGUGUG